AGUGCCUGGCUGAGCUUGACCCCUCCCUUGUCUGCCCUGUCUCCUGCAGAUAAUGGUGAUGACCGAUCCGAGAGCAUCCUGGCUGAGAAUCACGUGGAUGGCACGGCGGGGAUCCUGAGUGGAGCCGGUGGGAGGAAGCCCAUGAAGACGGGCAUGAAGGAGCUGGCGGUUAUGAGGGAGAAGGUGAAUGAGCAGCAACGGCAGAUGGGCAAAGUUGGCAAGCCCCAUCACAACCACGAGGACUCCAAGAAGUCACGGCUGUCGACGGGCAGGACCCCUUGUCAGCAGAAACAGGUCCUGGAACGCAUCUCCACUAUGCGGCUGCCGGAUGAGCGAGGUCCCCUGGAGCACCUCUACUCCCUCCAUAUCCCCAACUGUGACAAGCAUGGCUUGUACAAUCUCAAACAGUGCAAGAUGUCGGUGAACGGGCAGCGCGGCGAGUGCUGGUGUGUGGACCCCAUCCAUGGGAAGGUGAUCCAGGGUGCACCCACCAUCCGUGGGGACCCCGAGUGCCACCUCUUCUACACAGCCCACGAGCAGGAAGACCGGGGAGCACAUGCCCUGCGGAGCCAGUAGGCAGACAUGGUCCUGCUUGCUGGAGGUGGCUCGCCGUGGCCCCAGUGCUGGAUUUUACAUGGGUUUCAGCAUGUCUCUUUAGGCUCUGGAAGAGACUGGGGUUGGGUCCUGUGUGCUGC